GUUCCCACAAAAUCUUAUACGAUUCAGUUAAAUGAAGGCGGUGAAAUGAUCAAGUGGUAUUUAAAUACAUGGCUGGUUCUGAUAGCCAGCUCAUCGGUCUUCUCCAUAGAAGUGGACACCGAUCUGGGACGCGUGCGAGGUACUAAUCUGACUUCAAGAUUGGGAUUACCCUUCCAUGCCUUUCGAGGCAUUCGGUAUGCAAAGCCGCCUCUGGGGAAGCUACGCUUCCUAAAUCCCCAACCUGUAGAGGCCUGGAGUCCAGAGACCUUCGACGCCUCCGAAGAUGGACCUAUGUGUCCGCAACCCUGGGACAAUAUGACCGAUGUGUCCGAGGACUGCCUGCGUCUCAAUGUCUACACCAAGGACUUAAAGGCACGUCGACCAGUCAUUGUUUUUCUGCAUCCUGGAGGAUUCUACGUGUUUUCAGGGCAAAGCAAAUAUCUGGCUGGACCAGAGCAUUUUAUGGACCGCGAUUGCGUUUUGGUUUCAAUAAACUACCGUCUAGGUAGCAUGGGAUUUCUGGCCACCGGAACUAAGGAAGCUCCUGGAAAUGCAGGACUUAAGGAUCAAGUUCAAGCUCUUCGUUGGAUACAACAGCACAUCCAUCGCUUUGGCGGCGAUCCAGAAAAGGUGACCCUCCUUGGAUACAGUGCGGGAAGUCUUAGCAUUGGAUUGCAUAUGCUGUCGCCUAUGUCGCGUGGUCUUUUCCAUCGCGGAAUCUGCAUGAGUGCCUCACCUUAUGGCCCUCCCAAAUACUACACCAAUGACCUCCAGUUGGCAAAACGACAGGCCAGACUCUUGGAAUGUCCACAGGAACCAAUCAAGGAAAUGGUAAAGUGUAUGCGACAGAAACCCGCUCUGGAUUAUGUGAGCACCUACAAUGGAAUGUUCGAGUUUGGCUGGAGUCCCGUUCUAAACUGGAGAAUUGUAGUUGAAGAGGACUUUGGCCAGGAGCGGUAUCUUAUUGAGGAUCCAUUUAAAACUGCGCGACGCGGCGACUUCUAUAAGGUUCCACUUAUUACAGGGAUUACUGAGUUUGAAUUUCUAUCUGGAGCGUUCUUUGAUCUACGCAAUGAAAGCAUUAUAAGCAACUAUAACAAGGACUGGGAACACUAUGCUUCAAUCUCGCUGCUUCUGGAACGGGACACAAACCAUUCGCGAUAUGCCACACGCGUUUUUAGGAAGAAAUAUAUGCCUGAGAGCCUAGACAAGCUGGAGUAUCCAAAGUCCCUGAAGGGCUUCGGCGAGCUAGUGAGCGAUGCCCUAAUAAAUGUAGCAACCGAUCGCUUUAUGCGGUUAAUGGCCCCUCAUACUCCCAUAUAUACGUACUACUUCCGCUACAAGGGCAGGUAUAGUUUUCUUAAAAACCCUGAUAACCAACAAGCCAUGGGUCCUGUUCAUCAUGACGAACUCUUGUAUCUAUUCCACGUGGGACUCAUAAGUCCUCUCUUUAAGCCGGAUGAUCCUGAGAGUUUUAUGAUUGAACGAAUGACGCGAAUGUGGUUUGCAUUUGCUGAAAAGGGGAACCCUCACAACUCAAGCGAUGAAUAUCUAAAGGAUUUAAACUGGCCUCUGUACGAUUCCAAGGAUAAGGCAUACUUGGAAAUCGGCGACAAACUAUCACCAAAGACUGGUGGUUUUCAUGAGGAACGAUUCCGCAUUUGGGAUGAAUUGUUUCCUCUGUCUAACUAUUAUUGAAAGCCAAUUUUGUAAAAGUCAAAAAGGAAUCAAAUAAAUAAAGAUAAAUUCAGCAGACCUCUUAAA